UAAGGAAUACACCAUACCGCAAAAAGAAUUUCGAAAUUCGAACGAUAGCCGCUGCCAGAGUAACAUUUCUAAGCCCUUCCCCGCGCCAGGUUUCACUUUAUCGAACCGAGUUCAAAGGUGACUGGAAGGUUUUUCGGUCCGAGGUGUCCCCACAGUGGUCGUCCCACGAGGCAACGCUAACGAUAGCGUCUGCUGCGCGUUGAGGGGUUAUCACAAUAAGCAUCGAUCGGCCGACCGGUCGACCAACCGACCGACCGACUUCACGAGAGCUCAAAAAACGUGUUCAAAGUGAGUGACACGCACAUUUUCGGAAAAGGUCGGUCGGCGGAUGCCCAUUUUGAUAACCCCCGGGGGCUGCGGGUGCGCUGCAGCACAACUCGGCGUUCGGUCGGUCUUCCUCUACUGCCUCGCGCACGGCGCUUCAUGGAGGCCGUUGUAUGCCUGUGCCUUGGGCCCCAGCUGUUGAGCGCGACAUGGUAAGGCGAAUAUAUUUGACGGUGUUCCACGUGGCGUCGCCUGCUGCGCGCGGGGUAGGCAAACCCGCCGAGCAGCUCUGUGAAGACGGCGGCCCGCCAUCCUCAGUGCGGGGGCUUCGUGCCACCCAACGUACCCUUGCGUUACCCCGGGAGGCCUCCACAGUGAGAAAAUUUUCAGGAGACUGGUCGUGGCUCACAAAUAAAGGUUAGUCACAAGAGAAAUCUAUCGACGUCUUCGUCGUCUCGACGACGAACUCCACUAAUUUUGUCGAAAAUCUGUAACUGUAAGAGAUAAACCCGUAAUCUAAGGGUAUACUUUAGGGCUCUUAUUUGUACCCUGGUACCCGAAAAACCCGCUUACCCGGGCAACCGGGUAGGAAUCGUGUCGAUGGGUUUUCCCGGGUAGACGGGUUUUCGGGUACCAGGGUACAAAUAAGAGCCCUAAAGUAUACCCUUAGAUUACGGGUUUAUCUCUUACAGUUACAGAUUUUCGACAAAAUUAGUCGAGUUCGUCGUCGAGACGACGAAGACGUCGAUAGAUUUCUCUUGUGACUAACCUUUAUUUGUGAGCCACGACCAGUCUCCUGAAAAACCCGCUUACCCGGGCAACCGGGUAGGAAUCGUGUCGACGGGUUUUCCCGGGUAGACGGGUUUUCGCGGGUACUCGGCGUAUUACCCGGCUGCCCCGCGCCUAUAGCUAGGCAAUUUGACAUACGAGCAUGUGAAAUUGCCUACUCGCAGGCGCGAAUCCACCGGGUUUACCCAGGUACCCCGGGUACCCGGGAAAACCCGUUGACCCGGUUCCUACCCGGGUUGCCCCGGUAUCGACGGGUCGGGUUUUUAAGGGCCUUAGUAUACUUAUCAAUAGCGUUCCCCAAUAUUUGAUAUUUUACUGUCGGCAGGAGUCCACGUGGCUCUUGGAUAAGAAUGAUCUUCUAGCAAGUACCGGGUGUAACUGUGAAUACGCACUACGCAGCAGUGUUGCGGGUUUGCCCACUCUUUAUACCCGUAGUGGGCCAUGGGCCCUGCGGCCAUAUUGAGUAUGCAAUCCCUCAACACUGCUGCGUAAUCACAGUUACACAUCCGGUACAAGUUCAGCCUUAAGCUCGCAUAGCGCCUGAUAGGUAGGCAGCAUCUUGCCUGCAGUGCUUACGUGUACUGCGGGCUGGCCUAUUACGAGUCUUGCAGGCGCCAAAGCUACCGUAAUUUACAGGAUGCAUCUGAAAAAAGCUUGCGUACUUUCCGGACGAUCCCAAAGUACCUUACACUGUUUGAAAAAAGCACAGGAGUUGAACAGUACUUUAUUGGUCAACUUGUUUCACGGUCUUCCUGCACUUGCUAAGUACGGUGUUUUGAGUACAGAGUACAGGAAUUUUUAACAUGGAGCCUUAUGGGCACUACAGUAAUAAAGUAUGGGUGUCCUGUACCUUAUCCUGUACGGCAUCCUGUACUUUUUCUGUACUUUGGUACAGGAUUUUUAACAGUGUAGCUUUGAACCCUUUAACGACAGAAUCGAGCGAUUUCGGUACAUCACCGCAACUUUAUCGAAAUGACGUCCCAUAUGCGAAAAGCCGGGGAGAGGAAAGUAGGUGCCUCUGAAGGGGCGCACAUCUCUUUUAAUCGUCCUUAAUGGAUUAUCGAUCGUCGCUCUGGUGAGGCGAGUGCUCGGGCGAGCGCUCGUAGCUCGUAGUAGUCAUGGACGUCCUGCCCGCCGCAGAGCACAAGCGCCCGUCCCCUCCGUCCCCUCCGGCCCCUCCGGGCUGGGCGCGCCACUGGGCGCGGCAGUGGCGCGCGAUGCUCGCGCUGCUCUCCGCGUCCGGGAUGAACUGCACCAGCGGCUGGCCCCCGCGGCCGUCGCCCGUCCUCCGCUGGUACGGCUGCCUGGUGCUCGCGGUCAGGACCUUCCACAACGUCCAGGCCAUCCUGGAACUGAAGGCCAGUCACGAGGACGCGGGCAAGAUCGACUACAACAUGCUGCUGAUCCUCUACGACAUGGGCGUCAAGCUCGUCACGUCGGUGGUCUCGCAGGUUGUGCUGCUGGUGCGCUGCGAGGACGUGUGUCUCUCCACCGAGUGCAUGCUGCUCUACAGCCGAGUCGGCCGGCCCCCGGUUCCGGGGGCCAUGGCCGUGGCCAUAGUCGGGCCGGCCUACAUGAUCGGCCUCGUGGUCAUGACCGCCGCCUCGACGUACGUCCUGUCCGCAUCGCUGACGCACAUGUUGUCCCACGUACUGGGAGACUUCGCACCGACCACGGCGAUGAUUUUCGUCGGGAUCAUGCAGCUUCUCAUCACCGCCUUGCACGUGGGCCUCGCCACCGACGGGAGCAGUCACGUGAGGGGGUGGGUCUCGGAGGCGGAGGCGAACAAGUCCCCCGCGGCGCACGUCGGGCUGCUCCGUGAGCUGCGGGUGCGACAGCAGUUCCUGCACGACAUGGUGCUGCACCACAACUCGGCGCUCGGCUGGUGCUACCUCAGCUGCCUCGCCCACGUCCUCAUGGAGGCCGUGGUGUGCCUCUACCUCGGCGCCUCGCAUCUUCGACUACUGGCGGCUGAAGUCGGCUAUGUUCAACCGAAUCCCCUGCUGAACCCGUGGCUGUAUGUGUGGGGCGUCUUCGAGCUCACGGUGUUCUGCGGGAUGUGCGUCUUGGGCCAGAAGUUGAGUGACCACCACGGACGAAUGUAUUGCGUUUUGCGGGGCUUCUUGGUCUCCAACCCUCAACUCUGCACUAAAACAAAGCUGGAGCUUCAGGGCUUUGCUCAGCAAAUACGGAGGCAGGACAACCGCCCUGGGAUUUUUGGCCUGAUACACUACGACUUGGCGACCAUGAAAGCGGGUUUCGCGUCGACGGUGACCUAUAUAAUCGUCCUCAGCCAAUUCGAGCCAACGGUGGGCCACUAAAAUCUUAGAAAACAGGUGAGGUGCAAGGAGACGUGUGUGGUCUUCCCCCCUUCCCUCAUUGUGACACGUUUCAAUAUGCCAUGCCGUGUAGGCAAAAUGUAUGAAUUUCAUACACCAAUUAGGGAAAGAAAUAAAGAACGAGAAUAUACCAGGUGGCUGAUUAACCCCUCGCACUUCUCUAAUUAGACUGUACCGCAUGCAGGAAUGCGGGCGGGCUUGCCUAUCGCCCCUGUCCACGGUGCCUUACGGGCCGGGCGAGUACGCAACCCGCCCGCGUGCGUGCGGUACAGUCUAACUACAGAAGUGCGCGGGGUUAAUCAGCCACCUGGUAUUUUUAAUACCAAAUUAAUUUAGUGUUUUCUCUGCUCCUUGUUUCAAACACUUUCGGCUUUCUCUUUACUAUGUCGAUGUCGUGGGCAUAGACGAGUAUCGAGUCGAGCCAAAAACGUCAUUUUGUCCUCCGAAUCCAUAUCUUUUUGAUAUUUC